GACUGCAAACUUUUCAUCAACGAAAUGUCUGAAGGAAAUGUCUCUAUGGGAAAUGAUUUUAUUCUUGUGGGCUUUACAGAUCAGUAUACAUUCCAAAUGUUGUCUUUUUUGUUUUUCUCAGCUGUUUAUAUUUUUACCAUUGUUGGAAAUCUUGGCAUGAUUUUAUUAAUCAGGACUGACUCACGACUCCAUACACCUAUGUACUUCUUCCUGAGUCAUCUUUCUCUUAUAGACAUGUGCUAUUCUUCUACAAUUGUUCCUAAAACUUUGGUGAAUUUCUUAGCAGGCAAAAAGACCAUUUCAUUUGCUGGAUGUACCACCCAAUUAUUCUUCUUUGCAGUUUGUGCUACCACUGAGGACUACCUGCUGGCUGUCAUGGCCUAUGAUCGUUAUGUUGCAGUUUGCAAGCCUUUGCUUUACACCGUUGUCAUGUCACAGAAAGUUUGUGAGGGGUUACUGGCUGGGGCAUAUUUCAUGGGUGUGAUGAGUGCAGUUAUACACACCACCUCUAUAUUCCAUCUCCCAUUCUGUCGUUCUCAUAAGAUCAACCACUUUUUCUGCGAUGGGCCCCCAAUCCUAACCCUAGCCUGCUCAGACACUCAUUUCAAUGAGACACUUCUUUUUGCUGUGGUUGGGUUCAACGUCUUGCUCACGACUGCAUUCAUUCUAGCAUCCUAUUUUUCUGUCCUCGCCACUGUGUUGACUAUUCACUCUGCUGAAGGCAGGUGCAAAGCCUUCUCCACCUGUGCUUCCCACUUGGCCACUGUUACAUUGUACUAUGGAAGUAGCCUUUUCAUAUAUUCACGGCCAAGCUCAAGCUCUUCCCAGGAUCAGGACAAGGUGGUUUCUGUGUUGUACUCAGUUACAAUCCCCAUGCUUAACCCACUAAUUUACAGCAUGAGAAACAAGGAAGUGAAGGAGGCUCUUAGAAGAUUUCUUAUUGACCUCUGUUUAAUUUAUAAAACAGUGUGUCAUCAGUCUAUGUGGCAAAGUCCCUACAGAAUUUAG